UAACGGUACCACUUUUGUAUUGAUCAGACUUUUUGAUCGCUUUUUAUUCAUUUUUUUCAUGAUAUAAAAAGUGACCAAAAAUACACUAUUUUGGACUUUGGAAUUUUUUGCGCGUACGCCAUUGACGGUGCGGGAGUGCCGGGAGUGUAUUUUUGUUACUUUAGAUGCAGUGAUCAACUUUGAAAGCCGCGUCUAAAGGGUUAAUAGUGCGCGGCACAACAAUCGGUGCUGCACACAAUUAGCCCACGGUCUUGGCUUUCAUUAGCUGCCAGGACCGACCCGCUAUGGCGUGACCCCCGUUAUAGACCAGGCACAGGGCGUAGCAUCCUUAAGAGGUUAAACAACUUUGCAUAGAUCAGUAGUACAAGUGAAGAUAAGAAACUUUGUAAUAUAUCUUUUUAGAGAAAAAUGCUUCUUUCUCCUGUUAUCAAGCUUCCUCCCUCUCCCCCUCUCUCCAGGGCUGGAUCAUCAUUGGCUCAUGGAGUGCCUGCUCCGGGCCCCGUGCACGCAGGGGGCCCCCGUCACAUUCGGGACAUCCCUGUGCCCCGAAAAAUCUUUUCAGGACACAAGGAUGCCCCGGUUACCUCUCUGCGGCCCCGCGUUAACUUUAAAAACGGAGGAAGACGCUUGUGCAUGAUAUCAGUGGUGAUCUGAUUCCUGGGAAUAGCACGAUUUAUACUUAAUGGAGAGUUUAAGAUUCUUUUAUGCUCCCAGACUUCCCUGUUUCGGAUUGUGGCAUUAUAGCUGAAGAUAUUUAUCAUUUUUAUGAAUGAUCCACCCCCCGGAAUGGAGAAGGACAGGAACAAAAUGGCUGAGAGGAUAAUAAACCUCACCCUGGAGAUCAUUUACCUGCUUACUGGAGAGGAUUACACCAUAGUGAAGAAGUCGUCCGAUAACCAUGUGGCCCCCGGUGUCCUUCCCUGUGUGUCAGGAGGGCGGAGCACAAUGAUGUCAUCUCCAUCUGAGUCUCUGAUACAAGAGAGAAGCCAUGUCCAGAAGAUCAUACAACUGACCUACAAGAUCAUUGAGCUGCUGAGCGGAGAGGUCCCUAUAAGGUGUCAGGACGUCACUGUCUAUCUCUCCAUGGAGGAGUGGGAGUAUUUAGAAGGACACAAGGAUCAGUACAAGGACAUAGUCAUGAUGGAGGAUCAGCAGCCCCUCACAUCACAGGAUGAAUACAGUAGAAGUAAUACACCGGAGAGUCCUCACAGUCCUCCAUAUUGUCAGGAUGUCCUACAGGAUGAUCAGGGGGAAGAUUUUAUUGAUAUUAAAGAUGAAGAUAUAGUAGAAGAAAAAGAGCCUAAUAUGAGGUCUGAAUGGGAGAUCCCCACCGAUGGCAGCACAGCAGAUUUUCCAUACACCAACAACAUAGAUGAAGCAGAAUACAGAGAUACGUCUGGAGAACAUCCAUGUCCCCCACAUAUACCAUCGUUCCUUAACAGAGCUCUAACAUCUGAUUUGGAGGAAGCUUCUUCUGACCAAUCACAGAAAAGUGAAAUUUUCCAAUGUUCUGAAUGUGGUAAAUGUUUCAGAAACAAAUUUAAUCUUACGAUACAUAAGAGGACUCACAGAGGCGAGAGGCCAUUUUCAUGUUUAAAAUGUGGGAAAUGUUUCACCAAGAAAUCAAGUCUUGUUACCCACGAGAGAAUCCACACAGGUGAAAAGCCGCAUUCAUGUUCAGAAUGUGGGAGAUGUUUUACCAAAAAAUCUAACCUUGCCGAGCAUGAAAAAUCCCACACUGGAGAGAAGCCAUUCUCAUGUCCGGAUUGUGGGAGAGGAUUUAUCCAUAAGCCAAACCUCUUAAUACACCAGAGGAUCCACAUAGGGGAGAAGCCAUAUUCGUGUACGGAGUGUGGAAAGUGUUUUACACGUAAACAAUAUCUUGAGAGUCAUCAGAAGAUCCACACCGGGGAGAAGCCAUAUUUCUGUUUGGAGUGUGGGAAAUGUUUCACACACAAACAAUAUCUUAAGAGUCAUGAGAAGAUCCACACAGGGGAGAAACCAUACCCGUGUUCAGAAUGUGAGAAAUGUUUUACCCAGAAGUCACACCUUCUGAGACAUCAGAAGGCUCACACAGGAAAGUGGCCAUUUUCAUGUUCGGAGUGUGGGAAAUGUUUUUCCUGGAGAUCAGUUAUGAUUGAACAUCAGAGAAUUCACACUGGGGAGAAGCCAUAUUUAUGUCCUGAUUGUGGGAGGAGCUUUUCCCUGAAGUCACAUCUGGUUAAACAUCAGAAGACUCAUAUACGGGACAAUGUUUUUACCUAAAGGGCCACUAACUUUUUCUAAAUGUUUAUUAUUAUUUAUUGAUGAAAAAGUUUUUGACUGAAAAUAAUAAA